UUGUAACUUUUAAAGAAUUUAAAGAUAAUAAUACCGACACAAUCAGAUAUCUCCAGCUGUUGUCCAAAAGAAAAGUUGAACUGAAUUCUCUCAUACUCUUCUGUCUCACAUGCUAUCCAUAUAGUAUUCGAUAAAAUCUCAACCAUAGUUAACCCCCAACCACCCUCCCUUAACCAUGGUCAACCAUCUCCUCCACCACCUUUAAUAUCACACUUCUUUAUCUUCUUCCACUCCCUUUGAAGUUCCACUGCACAUUUCACUUCUCUCUCUGCCAACGUACGCCAUGGGUGCACUACACAUUUUCCUCUUCAUUCUCAUUUCCGUUACCGUUACCUUUACCGUUAAAGCACACAAUAUCACUGCAAUUUUGAACCAGUUCCCGGAGUACAGUGAGUUCAACAGUUAUCUCUCACAAACAAAACUCGCCGACGAGAUAAAUAGCCGUCAAACUAUCACCGUCUUAGCUUUGCCUAAUUCAGCUAUGUCUGCUGUAGUGGGAAAACAUCCACUUUCCGUUAUCAAAAAUGUUCUUUCUCUUCAUGUUUUACUUGAUUACUUUGACGGUACUAAACUCCAUAAGAUCUCAGAUGGCACUACACUUUCCACAACUCUUUAUCAAACUACUGGUAAUGCUAACGGUAACGUGGGUUCCGUUAACAUCACCGAUCUUAAAGGUGGUAAAGUGGGUUUUGGUUCAGCUAUACCUAACUCGCCGUUAGCUUCUACGUACACGAAAUCUGUUAAGCAAAUCCAGUACAAUAUCUCCGUGUUGGAGAUUAGUGCUCCGAUUAUUGCUCCAGGUAUUUUGGCUGCUCCAGCUCCAUCUGGUGAUUUUAACAUAACAGGUGCAUUGGAGAAAGCAGGAUGUAAGACAUUUGCUUCGUUACUUAUCAAAUCUGGAGUUCUGAAGACAUAUCAAACUGCCAUUAAUAAGGGUUUAACUAUCUUCGCACCGAAUGAUGAGGCGUUCAAGGCGGUUAAGGGUAUAGAUCUGGACAAAUUGAGUAGUGCUGAUGUUGUUUCUCUGUUGCAGUAUCAUGCUGUACCAAGUUACACUCCCAUUGGAACUUUGAAGACGAAGAAGGAUCCGAUUUCAACUCUAGCUACCAAUGGAGCUAGCAAAUACGAUUUGAGUGCUUCUACAGAAGGUGACCAAGUGACACUUGACACCGGGGUCGACUCUUCUAGAAUUGCUUCAACUGUCAUCGACUCUACUCCGUUCUGCAUUUUCACCGUCGACAGUAUACUCCUCCCUGUUGAAUUGUUCGGAAAAGCUCCUUCUCCGGCGCCAGGACCAGCUCCGGAGACUUCUCCAGCACCUGCACCUGAUGCAUCUGCACCUACUCCGGAUGCUAGCUCCCCUACUCCAAUGAUGUCUCCUCCUGCUCCGCCAACUUCAUCUCCGGCUGGUGCUCCGGCGGACGGUCCAGCAGCUGAUUCGGAGAACAGUACGGCGGGUAAGAAGAAGAACGCCGGUAACCUUAACACUCCGGCAUUGCUGAAAGGUCUACUCACAGUGUCAGUGUCGGUAAUUGUGUCCGUUUAUUUGUCCUAGUUCGUCAUUUUACCACUUGGUUUAAUUUAUUUAUGGGUUUUGGAGUCAUAUUUUUAUUUGUGACUGCUUGCAGAGAGAAGAUUUUUAUUUAAUUUGAUUUAAUUUUUAAAUUGUCCUUUAAUAGUGAGUGAGCCGAGUAAAGGAAAGGACAUUGUUUUUUUUUCGUUUGUUUUUCUUGUUUUGUUCCGUUGGUGUACUUUUGUUUUUUUUUAAAAUACUUAUUUACCUUA